UUCCCCUGAAGAAAUGCCAGGCUGAAACUUUUGCCUUCCUCCAGUUGCCCACGUCCUGCCAACAGCCCUUUGAGCCUUUCCUACUAGGAAAGCCGUUCUGAGCCAUUUAAUGAUUAGCUUGCAUGUGAGCUUUCAAUUAAAACCAGCAGCCACAAUUAAUGGAGCCCACAGGAUCUUCUGCAGGCUGCAAAGACCAGCAGUGGGAAGAGUGGUGGCUUGUCAAGCCUGCUAAAUAGAGAUGGCCAGUUUCCAGCUCUCAAAAGGAGGAGAUGAUGGAUGAGAGAUGGGGAAGGAAACAAUCUCAUACAAACAAGACUCCCUUAGGAGCAGCCAGCACAAGCUGCCAGUGAGCAUGUAAUGCUUGCAUGGGAUUUGUCUUCAUUUGAGACCAGGCCAUUUCCACUGCAGACACGCAGAGCACUAUGUCACUGGCCUCCUGGUUCCGGUGGAACGAGCCCCCAAGCCGCAUUUCCCAGAGGAGCCCCACGGAGAUGGUGGUGGAGACGCUCAUGAUGGAGCUGAGCUGGCAGACCAAGCAGGCAGAGAAGCAGCAGCGAGAGCGGGAGAAUGAGUAUCGCAAGAUCAAGACCGGGGUGGACUACGGCUGGCUGGUCAGCUAUCCAAAGCAGAGCUAUGAUAUCAGCCCAGGAGAGCGCCUGCAGCUGGAGGAUAUGUGUACCAAAAUCCACCCGUCCUACUGUGGGCCUGUCAUACUCAGAUUCCGGCAACUCAUUGCUGAAUAUGAACCAGAAGUGCAGGAAGUAUCCCGGCUCUUCCGCUCUGCCCUGCAGGAAGCUGCUGAGAAGAUCAAAGAAGAGGAAGAGGCCAAGAAGCUUGCCAGGCAAUGGAACACAAAGAACAAAACCAGCCUCUCCUUAACAACAUUCAAAUCCCGGUCCAGGAUUUCCCCGUUCAUCAGUGACAUCAAGACCAUCUCUGAGGAUGUGGAACGGGGCACCCAGCCCACCAGGAGGGUUUGGAGCAUGCCAGAGUUUCGGAAUGCCAAGGAUUACUGACUCGAUGUUGAAUAAGGUUUUUAGAUCUUUCACAAUCCCAGUUAACUCUUUUCUAGCUCUACUGUUUGUUCCUUCUCCCUGCCUGUCUCUUCUCUUGGAAGCUGUGUCCAUAGUAACUGCUGCUCAUGCCCGCGGUGUGUGACACAAUUCAUGACCAAACAUGCUAGCCUUUCCUUUAAUUUAGUAGCUAAUCAGUAACCUUACGGGCAAGGCUCACUGA